UUGUUCUGGUAAUACAUUGCAAUAAUGUAUGCAUGUGUAUAAUUUUAAAUGAGUAUUUUUUAUUCCCAUAGAUUCAUGUUCUUUUUAAUUUUAUAUAUUUCACUUUUAUUUCAUUUUAUUUUUAUUCACAUUUAUAUUAUGUACGCCCGUGACCCUAGUGAGCAUAAUAAUGAAUGUAUUUGUUUAUUCAUUUACAUUUUUUACGCGUUUACCUAUGCUGACGUCAUACCGAAACCAGCCAAUCGCAAGGGUCGGAAGACGGAAGUUAUGAAUGAGUACAAGUUCAUUCUGAAUGUAGUUUAGAGCUGCAUGCGUUACCGCCGUUAUUUCAUGCAUAUUGUUUUUUUCCCCCAAUGAUACGAGCUUUUUAUUUACCUGUAAGCAUAGCAGGCAAUUGCUAACCUCCCCCGAAUGACUUUCGCAAUGAAUAUGAAGACACUAAUAGUAGGCGUGGGUGGAAUGACCAAUGGGGGAAAAUCGACUCUUUCUAGAAGUUUGAAGGAGAAGAUACCCAACAGCUGUAUCAUUGCACAGGAUUCAUUUUUCAAGGAUGAUUCUGUGGUGUCAGUGGAUAGUAAUGGCUUCAAGCAGUAUGACACGCUGGACUCUCUCAACAUGGACGACAUGAUGAGCUGUGUGCACGACUGGCGAAGAGAUCCGCAAGCUUUCUGGAAGAAAGUGGAUCAGACCGCGGAGAAGUUGAUGCCAUCACCCAAUCACGUGUUUGUGCUGAUUGUGGAAGGUUUCCUGAUAUUCAAUCACAGACCUUUGAAUGAGCUGUUGAACAAAAGAUACUUCCUGGAAAUACCGUAUGACAUCUGCAAGGAGAGACGGAGUUUGAGGGUAUACAAGCCACCUGACCCGCCAGGCUACUUUGAUGGACACGUAUGGCCUAUGUACUUGAAGAACCGCCAGGAGAUGGAGAGCACGGCAACGGGUAUCGUAUUUUUGGAUGGAUUGAAGUCAAAAGAGGAACUGCUGGCUGUUGUGUAUCAAGAUAUUAGUAAGGAAAUAAAUAUGCAAAGAGAGAAGGAUUGAAAUCCUUAAUGAGUUGGAAGACCUCAGUCACAUGUCUACCAAAAAGACUAAUGCAUUAUGUGGCAACAUGUUUACAUUUAUAGAUGGUUAAAAGUUAAAACCAUUAGAAUUGAUAGGUGCAGGUUCACAACACUUUAAACGAUCGACAUUUGAACACAAAUAGCACACUAUCACAUGUAAAAUGUUACAAUAUUCACAGGCAUAUAUUCUUUAUCCUCGCAAUAGAUCCAACAGCUUAUUAUAAUGCAGUAUCUUAUGAAUAAUAAAUGGUCAAUACAAAAUUCA